GCCGCCGUCGUCUGUCCAAAACAGGUUCUUCAGCAGAAAAGUCGCCGCCGCCGCAGGACCCUCUCUCGCCGCCUUCUUCCACCCAGCAACGCCCACGAGCAGCCAUGUCGACCGCCACGACCGUGUACGACCAGUAUCGCAACCCGCUGACGUCCAGAUAUGCCUCCAAAGAGAUGUCAUUCAACUUCAGCGAGACCAAGAAGUUCAGCACCUGGAGGAAGCUGUGGACCUUCCUGGCCAAGGCGGAAAAGGAGCUGGGUCUGCCCAUCACAGACGAGCAGAUCGAGGAGAUGGAGGCCAAUUGGGAGACCAUCGACUUCGAACAGGCGGCACGAGAGGAGCGUGAAACACGGCAUGAUGUGAUGGCCCACAUCAGGACCUUUGCCACCAAAUGCCCCUCGGCCGCUCCUAUCAUCCACCUUGGAGCAACUUCAUGCUACGUGGGCGACAACACAGAUUUGAUUGUCUUGCGCGAUGGCUUUGACAUCUUGCUCCCCAAACUCGCUCGUUGCAUCCAGCGGUUAGCGAAAUUUGCUGGGGAGCAGAAGGACCAGCCCACGCUCGGAUUCACGCACCUCCAGCCAGCUCAGUUGACCACCGUAGGGAAGCGAGCCUGUCUGUGGUUGCAGGAAUUGCUGAUGGACGAGAGGGCCAUCAGCAGAGCCCGGGAUGACCUCUGCUUCCGUGGGGUCAAGGGCACCACUGGCACACAGGCGUCAUUCCUCCAGCUGUUUGAGGGAGAUGGUGAGAAGGUAAAGAAGCUAGAUGACCUGGUGACUAAAAUGGCUGGUUUCAAGAAGGCUUAUCCAGUGUGUGGGCAGACGUACACCAGGAAGGUUGAUGUGGAGUGUCUCAACACGUUGGCAUCAUUAGGAGCCACAGUGCACAAGAUCUGCACCGACUUACGCCUCUUGGCCAACAUGAAGGAAAUCGAAGAACCCUUCGAGUCCAAUCAGAUUGGCUCGAGUGCCAUGCCAUACAAGCGUAACCCAAUGCGCAGUGAGCGUUGCUGUGCCCUGGCCCGCCAUGUCAUGGCCCUGCCAUCUAAUGCCCUCAACACUGCUGCAACCCAGUGGAUGGAACGGACACUGGAUGACAGCGCUAAUAGGCGCAUUAGCUUGGGCGAAUCCUUCCUUGCCUCUGAUGGCAUGCUGCAGACACUCCAGAAUGUUCUAGAGGGCCUGGUGGUGUACCCAAAGGUGAUUGAACGCCACAUGGCUCAGGAGCUGCCCUUCAUGGCAACAGAAAACUUCAUCAUGGCAGUGGUGAAGGCUGGAGGAAAUCGCCAGGACUGUCACGAGGAGAUCCGCCGCCUCAGCCAUGAAGCAGGAGCCAAAGUAAAACAAGAGGGAAAAGAAAACGACUUAGUGGAGAGGAUAAAAGCAUCUUCGUACUUUGCCCCGAUUCACAGCCAGAUUGACUCGCUCCUCAAUCCUGCCACUUUCAUCGGCCGAGCACCUCAGCAGGUGAAGGAGUUUCUGGAAAAUGAUGUGGAUCCUGUUCUGAAAAAGUACGAAGGGAAUUUAGAAGGCUCCGCAACUUUGGUCAUUUGAAGUGAACAGAAUGAAGAAUGCUGCCAGCAGAACUUUCAGAUCACAGGUUGCAUAUCUGUAUGGAAAGUUACCAGUUGUCUCCUUGCUCAGUAGAAUAACAAGUAAGGCAGUAAUUAGAUAUCAAACUGCCCUUGUUAUGAAGGACGUAAGGCUUUUACCUUAGUUCAGGAAAAUAGCAUUCAGGUUGAGUAUUCCCAAGUGCAAGAUGAAAAUCCUUAUUGGUCUACUGGACUCAUUAAGGAAUAUUGGGUGAAUAUGGUAAUUUUUUUAGAACCAAUGAAAUGCCAUUGCACACUUGCUCUUUGGAAAUAUUUUACUUGGAGCCACACCAUAUUACCAAGAGUUUUCUCAACUUAUGAAAGGUUAUUUUUUAUACAUCCAUAGUAUUGUUAGUGUAUAUCUUUAUAUUGAUCUGUGUCAUAAGAUAUGAUGUUGAUAUAAAUAAAAUGUGUCUUAUAUAAUAUGUUCUUGUUAUUGUUGUUGAUGAAUAUAUUUGAUGGUGAAUUUUAAUGUUACUUGAAGCCCAUGUAGUGAAAUUCUGUGUAUUCCUGCUAAUAAAUUUUUACAGUGUCAAAAUUGCUUCGUUAGUAUUCAGCACAAAUAUUUUAUUAGCUUUUUUAUAUUUCAACAGUAGUUUUGUUCCUAAUGAAGAUGGUAAAUAUACUCCUAAAAACUAGAGAAAGAUAAUGAGGGGCACCUAAGUUUAUUCCCUCCGUUCUGUAUCUUGAUUUUACUUGGAUUCUGUUUAUUGUAAUUUCAGAAUUAACUGACAUAUCAGAUGGUUGUAAUUUGUGAUGUCUGGAAAUGUUUGCUUAUCCAAGACCACGUUUACAUCCCCAGGCAGACAAUUAACCCUGGUUCCGAAGCCUGCCAGGCCAUUUAAAUAUGCUACAUUCAUUGUCUUCUUAGUGGUCAUGAUUUGAAUACAUUUUUAGAUAUUGGUUUAAAUAUUUCUACCUUUUUGAUGCUCGUAAUAAAAAAAAAUAUUAAUCUAGAAAUUAA